UCGACCUUCGAAGUAUAAUACUUCAAUUACCGCACAAAGAAAGCAUUAGUGAUAAGGAAACUGUGUCCAACGAUUUUAAAAUUUUGUUAAAAUGGCAUCAGUUCGAUAUGCAGAAAAGCAGAAUGCACUAGAAGAAGAUUCAGAAUCAUUACAGCUGAACAAAUUGAAAAGGCAGCUCGAAAUAUUGGAGUCAGAAAAGUUUCAUCUGACUGUUAACUUACGUGAUGUUCAGCAGAGUCUCGACAAAAGUCAAAACGAAUUGCAAAAUUUCAUGACCGGAUUCAAUUUGCUUGCGGCUCAUAUCGAUUCACUGCAACAAUUGAAGCGAGAAGUGGAAUCACAGGAUACAAUCGAAGCAGAUGCUAUCAAAGACUCGAACUGGUUCCAAAUGAGCGCAAAGGAAAUCGAUGGCCUAAAGACCGAUUUAAUUGAACUGCAAAAGCAAUUGAACUGCUCGGAUGCCAUGCAAACACUUCGUGAUGAAACAACUAGUUUGAAAAGUGAACUUCUGAUGAACGAGCAGAAAUCAUUGGAUUUUCACAGAGAUGUGCAAAUGUUGACUGUGAUCUCCCAGAAUGCCGGUCAUCAGAGUUUAAGUUCGGCCCGAAACACGCUGAUCGCAUUAAGUGAUGAUCUAGCUCAUUUGUAUCACCUAGUCUGCACAGCGAAUGGAGAGACGCCUAGUCGAGUGUUGCUGGAUCGCAGAAGCGACGAAUUUAGUUUGGACAAUGAUUCGCUGUCAGCCAUUCAAUCUCAAUUCAAAUCAGACAUCCUACUGCAACGUGUCCACAUACUAGAAGACUUGCAAGGCCUAGCUGAUUCAGUUGAAAUAAAGAAAUGCGUGGUUAUCGUCAUGGAUAAGUUAAAACACUUAAAGACUGCAAUUGAGCACACCAUAGAACUGAACAAAAGCGGAACGCUACAUCACCGCGGUAACACUGAAGAUCCUAACGAAGAAAUUGCCGAACUUCAGGAACAAAAUGCUAAAUUAAAGAGUUUGUUGUCGACGAAACGAGAACAAAUCAAUGCCUUUCGCAUGUUACUCAAGUCAAACAUAAAUAACGCUGAAGCGGCUCUAACCAAUUUGAAGUCAAAAUACGAGAACGAAAAGUUGGUUGUCAAUGAAACCAUAUCGAAAAUGAGGUACGAAUUGCGUGUACUCAAAGAGGAUGCCGCCACAUUUUCAAGUGUACGGGCUGUGUUCGCUGCGAGAUGUGAGGAAUAUGUCACACAAGUGGAUAAUUUGACCAGACUCAAUGAGGCCGCCGAAGAAGAGAAGGAAAAACUCAACCAGUUGUUGCGAUUGGUUGUACAACAGAAAUUGAUGCUGAAUCAGCGCAUCGAAGAGUUUGAAUUGGAACAGAAGUACAAAAUUCAGAGAAAGUGAAAUUUUUGUAAUUAUAUUGGUCUAUGUUUAGACAG